CGUCAAAACACAACACCCGCCUUCCCCACGCAUGCGCAGCAGAUGGGCGCCGGCCCCGAGGGCGGGGCUCAGCGCACCGGCCGAAACGCGGCCCCUCCCCCGCCGCUCCAGACCCGGGAGGAGGGCAGCGCGACCCUCCCAUCUUGUUACUGGCGGGCAAGGCCCCCGAUCACGUGAUACCGCCCCCCCAACUCCGGGCGGAAGAGGCCAGCGACAGCGCUGCACGAAGCGAGUGGGCGGGCGCUCGUGCCCGGCUAAAAGAUGGCUGCUGCCGCCGGGCGGCCACCGCCUGGGAGGUUACUGUAAGGCCCGCAGCUCCCGCCAGCUCCCGCGGACUGCUGCCGCCUCCUUACCAUGAAGCCAGUAAGUCGUCGCACGCUGGACUGGAUUUAUUCAGUGUUGCUGCUUGCCAUCGUUUUAAUCUCCUGGGGCUGCAUCAUCUAUGCUUCAAUGGUGUCUGCAAGACGACUGCUAAGGAAGAAAUACCCAGACAAAAUCUUUGGGACGAAUGAAAAUUUGUAACUCCUCUGGAUUUAAUUCUCUGAAAAUACAGUUCUUUCCCUCAUGCUUAUGUAGAUUUAAAAAUAAAAUUCAUAAUGCAAAGUU